AUGGCGGGCGUGGCGGACUUGAUUGAACUUUGCUGCGUCAUAAUUGAAGAUAUUUACGGAUCAUUUCUUGCUCAUAUCUUCAGCCAGCUUGCAACAUAUGGACGACUUCAGGUCGCGCAAGUGGCUCAACGAUGUCGACUUCUGCCACGACAAGCCAAGAUAGGCGUUGGCGCUCUGGUUCAGCUACGACUUCUUCAGCAUCAUACGUCUUCCGACGGAGUCUCUUCGUAUCAAGUCAACCUGACGAACGCUUACAACAUUCUCCGCAUCGGCUCGCUGGUAGAGCGUGCUCGCCGAAAAUGUGGCGAUCUCGCAGCGGUCGUCCUCGAGUCGCUUGCGGCUAGAGGUUGUACUACUGUUCAGCAAUUGCAGACGGCAGUCACAGAGGCAGCCCCUCACACAAAUGGCAAUCACCAUGGCCAAAAUGGAGAUUCAGCAUCUGCGAAGUUUCAAUCUGCUGUACGAAGCCUGGUGAGGCACGAUUUCGUUGAACGAGUGCGACCAGCUCACGUACAAAUUCCGUAUGAUGUUCAUCACUCAGCUGAGGCCUCUCAAGCACCAGUCAAGGCGGGCGGCAAGAAGGGCGAAGCUGAGCGUACCGCACGCGCUCAGAGGGUUGAAGCCGACAUCGAACGGCGGCUGGACGGCUUCGUUUCGGAAGACGCCCUGGAGCAUGCCUUCAACACUGCCGGCAUAGACAAAGCCAUUGAGGGCGAAGAAGAACUGCUCUUGUGUCCAAAUUACGCAUAUUUUGUGAAUAUCGCGAGAGAUUCAGCGGUCGUGCAGGACAUCUCGAAGACCUUGGGCAAGACUCCAUCACGGCUGAUGGCAGGUAUACUGAAGCAGAUCCCUCUGCAAGUUGACCGCCAUGAGCCGGAUCCAAAUCCUCGCCAAGAACUCCAAGCAGUAGCCAUGUCGCGAUUGCGGGACGACUUACAAGACCUGGGUCACGACGACAUUAUUGUGCAGACAAAUGGCCACCACGAUGUUGGCUCAACCAAUGGCGUUGAUACAAAUGGUCUGCUAGAAGACGAAGACAUCGAAGAAGGCCUCGAGGGCAUUGCGGAGGGCCCUUACCCCUUCUUCCGGCACGACGAAGAUACUAAGCAGUGGGCUUUGGACAAGUAUGGUCUAGCAACGUGGGUACGAGAUCGUGAAACCCUCCGCUUGAUGCGUUCACGAGUCAGUAAUAUCGGCAUGCGAUUGGUACGAAUGAUGAUCGACAAGGGCAAGCUCGAUGAGAGAAUACUUCUAGACUUAGGUCUAGUACAUGCGAAGGAGAUGAGGCAAGCAUUGGCACAGUUGAAAUCCAUGGGCUUCAUCGAGCUUCAAGAAGUGCCUCGAGAGCCGCAUCGGCAGCCGAGCAGAACGAUGUAUCUCUGGUUCUUCGACCCGAUUCGGGCCAGGAACGUCCUGCUGGGCGAGCUCUACAAAACGAUGGCUAGGCUGUAUGAGCGGCUGCAGACAGUGGAACGUGAGCGAAUGAAGGCAACACUGGAGAAGGUCGAGCGAGAUGAUGUUCGAGACAGGGUAGAUGAGGUCGUGUCGGGAAAGGAGAUGGUCGAGCUCCGGCGAUUCCAGGCCAUGGAGAAAUGGUUGCUGGCAGAGAUCGGGCGGCUUGACGAGUCUGUAGCGCUGCUUCGAGACAUCUGA